AUGAAUGACAACACUGGCCUCGGCGGUGGCGGUGGUGGCAAGAUGUCAACCGGUGGUGGUCCCGGUGUGCUGUGCAAGGUUUGCGGCGAUCGGGCAUCGGGCAAACACUACGGUGUGCCUUCCUGCGAUGGUUGCCGUGGUUUCUUCAAGCGCAGCAUCCGUAGAAAUCUAGAGUACGUGUGCAAGGAAGGUGGCAAAUGUGUGGUGGAUGUUUCGCGCCGCAACCAAUGCCAGGCCUGCCGAUUUGCCAAGUGUCUGCAGGCUAACAUGCGCCGAGAAGCCGUCCAACAUGAACGAGCACCAAGGAACUGCACACCGCUAGCCGCCACCGUUAAUGGUCUUUCCGCGCACGGCGAGUACUACGCAGCCCGGACGUCCUUCGCCUUACCCCAGACGAACUUGUUUUUCCCCCUUCCAUUGCAUAUCACGGCCGCAACGGCAUCCGGUCCAUUUGCACCACUGACCGAUCCGUGCCGUUUCCUUUCACCGUACGCAGCCCAAUCGCUUGCAGCUGCCGCAGCCAGUUCGGCCAACUUCGAACAGCAUUUUGCCGCACCAACGGCACGGACCACACCGACGGCCUAUCAACCACCCACUGCCACCGGAUUACCGCCAGGAUCUGGGUUAAUACAGGUCCCGAUCCCAUUGCCCGCUUCGGCGGCGGCAGCGGCGACAACGACAACGAACGCGGCGGUGAUGUCCAAAUCGGGCUGUGCGAGUGAAGGAAAUCAACUUGGCACAGUGACCAUAACGGAAUCCAUGUUUAACAGCAUCACCGGAGACUCUUUGGCUCUUCCAGCUCCGCCACCAAUACAUUCGAUCAGCUCGAUUCUAAGUCUUAGCUCGGCGAAAGAGAACGAAGUUAGCAGUACGGGUGAAGAAAGUCCACCGCGAACGGUCGGUGGACAGCAACAGUACCAACAUCAACUGUUGUUUUCUCCGGCUGGAAUUGUCGAUCCCGUACAUCCAGGUGGUAAGAGCGAAACGGACAUGCUACUUGAAUCGGCCGCCAAGCUACUAUUUUUGGCAGUCAAGUGGGCGAAAACGGUACCCUCGUUUCUUCAACUUCCGGCCAACGAUCAAAAGCUGCUGCUCGAGGAAGCAUGGGCCGAGCUGUUUGUCAUCACGGCGGCACAGUGGGGACUCCCGAUCGACAACGAAUUCAUCGUAAGGAAUCCACAGGCUGUGAAGCUGCAGAGUGCCAUCCAGCAGUUUGGUGUCGCACGUGUUGACUACCGGGAGGCAGCCUGCCUGAAAGCGCUGGUACUGUUCCGACCGGAUCAGCCCCGACUGUACGCGGCUCACGAGGUAUUAUUGCUCCAAGAUCAAACCGUUGCACUUUUACACGAAAAGUGUGGUGGUGUACGGUUGGGCCAUCUGCUACUGUUGCUUCCGGCCAUCAAGGCGGCAGCGAACGCGAAAGUACUGCAAGAGAUGCUGUUUCGCAAGACGGUCGGUGAGGUGGCAAUUGAGCGGCUCUUGAUUGACCUGAUGAAGACAUAACACCUGGCCAUGUAAUCUUGGGUUCGAAGCGAACCCGU